GUUUUACUGACUGAUCCACACUCCAGAACAGAAGGUGGCGGUAAUGCUCCAUUAAGCUGGUUGCCAACCGCCGUUAAAAAAGAAGAAGAAGAAGCGCUGGCAACUGGGGGGAGAUCGCAAGGGCUUAUGGGUAAACACACAAGCUAGUUAGCCGGUUCAGUAGCCGUUAUUUUCUGCUCAGUUUUAUCUUUAAAAGUAGGGGAUUCUGAUUCAUCAAUACUGACACAAAAAAACGUUUCGCCGCCAGACAUUACCGGAAAGUGUUAACGUGAGGGUUUUUUUUAAAGGCAAGAAUCCGGUUUAGGAGGGAAGUAAGACCUCGCAGCACGAAACUACGGGACCCACAAUGCACUGCGCCAGAGGUUCAAAUCAGGAUUUAAACGGCUAAAGCAGCAGCAGCUCCGUGCUAGCAGCCCUCCGGCAGACCGGGGUAUUUAGCUCGGUUCCUGCUUGCUGGUUUUUGUAAGACUGUUAUGUUGUCGCCGAGUCGGCCGGUGUGGAUUCUGUCGGGCGGACUCUUCGGUUUGUGCCAUGACUUCGCCGGUUUUUGUCAGUUGGCGCUGCUAGGCUAAGCUAACUCGUUGCUAACUGAGCUCCGGGACUCGGAGCUCGUGCGAUGACUUUCAGACCGUAGCUGUUUUUGUUUUUUUGUUGUUGUUACGCCUCCUACGAAAGGUGAAUUAACUUCGCGCAGGUGUAUCGCAGAGAUGAUACACUUGCUGCAUUAACCGAAGAGACAGUUGUGUUAAUAGAGCGGAACACUACCGAGGUGAGCCAUGACGCUCGCUCCGAAGGAACUGUCCAACCUGCUGAGCAUCAUAUCCGAGGAGGCUUGCACCAACACCUUCGAGAGCCUCUCCACCCACUUCCACCAUUACUUCGGGAAGGCGGAGCACUUCAGGGUGGGCUCGGUGCUGGUCAUGCUCCUCCAGCAGCCGGACCUGCUGCCCAGCUCCCCGCAGCGGCUCACCGCCCUCUACCUGCUGUGGGAGAUGUACCGCACCGAGCCGCUGGCCGCAAACCCGUUCGCCGCCGUGUUCGCCCACCUGCUGAACCCCGCACCUGCCGGGGAGGAGCAGGAGAAGGUGCUCUCCGGCUUCCUGCCUCCCAUCACCCAGCCCGAGAAGUUCUUCCUGUCCCAGCUGAUGUUGGCGCCGCCCAGGGAUCUGUUCAAGAAGACGCCCAGACAGGUGUCCUGCAUGGACGUGGGCAACAUGCCGCAGUCCAUAGACAUCAGCGGGCUGCAGCUGGCCCUAGCAGAGCGUCAGUCGGAGCUGCCCACUCAGAGUAAGGCCAGCUUCCCCAGCAUCCUCAACGACCCGGAUCCAGACUCAUCGAACUCGGGAUUCGACAGCUCGGUGGCCAAUCAGAUCAUAGAGUCUCUGGUCACGGGGCCCCGCCCUCCGCUGGAGAGUCACUUCCGGCCCGAGUUCAUCCGGCCGCCGCCGCCUCUGCACGUGUGCGAGGACGAGCUGGCGUGGCUGAACCCCACCGAGCCGGAUCACGGCAUCCAGUGGGAUCGCUCCAUGUGUGUGAAGAACAGCACCGGCGUGGAGAUCAAACGCAUCAUGUCCAAGGCCUUCAAGAGCCCGCUGUCGGCCCAGCAGCAGUCACAGCUGCUGGCUGAGCUGGAGAAGGACCCGAAGAUGGUCUAUCACAUCGGUCUGUCCCCGGCGAAGCUCCCCGACCUGGUGGAGAACAACCCGCUGGUGGCCAUCGAGAUGCUGCUGAAGCUGAUGCAGAGCAGCCAGAUCACCGAGUAUUUCUCCGUGCUGGUUAACAUGGACAUGUCGCUGCACUCCAUGGAGGUGGUCAACAGGCUGACCACAGCUGUGGAUUUGCCUCCGGAGUUCAUCCACCUCUACAUCUCCAACUGCAUCUCCACCUGCGAGCAAAUCAAAGACAAAUACAUGCAGAAUCGUCUGGUGCGUCUGGUCUGCGUCUUCCUCCAGUCGCUGAUCCGAAACAAGAUCAUUAACGUGCAGGACCUCUUCAUCGAGGUUCAGGCCUUCUGCAUCGAGUUCAGCCGCAUCCGCGAAGCCGCCGGUCUGUUCCGCCUCCUCAAGACCCUGGACACGGGAGAAAACCCCAUCGAGGCCAAACCUGCCAAAUAAUGCUCCACAGGAAGACGCUGCUAAAAUAAUGGCACCUUUAAUAAAAGCCUUGGACGAGGUUUGGUUCAGCAGAAGCGUCCUGCGUGUCUCCGGAGCAGAAACGAGAAUUAAUAUUGUAAAUACGUAGUGACGUUUUCUUCAGACUUUACAUCCUCUUCGAGCUUUGUCACCAUGUUCCCCCCUCUCUCUUUUCCAAAAGUAAAAAACAGGACUAACAGUUCAGCAUCAUUUUUUUUUACCGCCGCUCUUUCCUUGCUAUUCUUCUCUAAUUAAACAGAUUGUCUAACUGA